GCUGUUUCCUGGCUGCGUGCGUUUUCACGUGACCCCACGAGCGAGUGAGCCUCAGAGCCAGCGGCUGACACUUAAAGCAAAAGCAAACACAACAAGCAAACUGAUUCACUUCGGCAGCGGACGCCUGUAAUUUUCGAGGAUGUUUUCACUCGGGGAGAAAAUGGAGUUUCUCAUAGGAAACCCAUUUUCAACGCCGGUCGGACAGAGAAUCGAGCAAGCGACCAAUGGAUCGAUACAGUCGGAAGACUGGGGGCUCAACAUGGAGAUCUGUGACAUCAUCAAUGAGACAGACGAAGGGCCGAGAGAUGCAGUUAAAGCCAUUAAGAAGAGAAUAGUAGGAAACAAGAACUUCAGAGAGAUUAUGUUUGCUCUCACUGUUCUGGAGACGUGUGUGAAGAACUGUGGCCAUCGUUUCCACGUUUUGGUUGCCUCACAGGAGUUUGUUGAGGGGGUUUUGGUUCGUUCUAUUCUGCCCAAAAAUAACCCGCCCGCUAUCCUCCAUGACAGGGUCCUCAGCCUCAUACAGUCAUGGGCUGAUGCAUUUCGAAGCUCUUCCUCCCUGGCGGGGGUGGUACAUGUAUACGAUGACCUAAGAAGACGAGGUCUGGAGUUCCCCAUGACAGACCUGGAUGCUCUGUCCCCCAUCCACACACCAAAUAGGAGCACCCCAGAAAAUGGAACCGCUGAGAUGCCCCCUGUCACUGCUCCUACAAAUGAGUCACAACUGGAAGCUGCUUCAAGUAUUUCCAGUCAGAAUACAUCACCUUCAUUUCAGCCCAGUGAAGGACCAGUCUCACUUACUGCAGAACAGGAGCAGAAGCUGCGAAGUGAGCUCGAUUUGGUGAGAGGAAAUCUCAAAGUGAUGUCUGAAAUGCUAAAUGAACUACUCCCUGGACAAAGCCAGCCAGAUGAUACACAGCUGCUACAGCAGCUGUUCUCUGUCUGUAAGAGCAUGCAGACUCGGGUGGUGGAGCUCAUCCCUCAGCUGCUGGAUGAAGGAUUUAUUGAAGAGCUGCUCGUGGUCAAUGAUGACCUCAACAACGCCUUCAUUCGCUAUGAGAGGUUUGACAGAUUGAACAAGACACAGAUUGCUAAUACACAACAGAGCUCUUCAACAAACCUUAUCAACCUCAGUUCUGAGCCUUCCACUGUCAGACAACCAGCUGUCAUUUCAACAACCAGCCAACCAGCCGCCAGCACCAGUACCAAUCAGCAGCAAUCAGCCAAUCACAAUGAAGAGGAGGAAUUUGACAUGUUUGCGCAAACCAGAGGCAGCUCUCUGGCUGACCAGAGGAAAAGUGUUAGGUAUGAAGAUCCAGGAGCUGUAGAGGGCCUGGCUGGAGCUCUUGAUACCAGGCUGCAGGUCACAGGAGGAGGGAGUACAGCAACAAUUCCGCCAGCAACAAACUCUAUGCAGAAUGAUAUUGACAAAUGGUUAUCUUCUGAUGUGCCGGAAGAGCAGUCUUCAGUUUGCGAGGGAGUUUCCAGUGAAGAGUUUGAUAAGUUCCUGGAGGAUCGGGUGAAGGCGGCAGACUACAGCAGCCAGACGAUUCUCAAUGUGCCAUCUUCCACACCCAGACGGCCACCACAAUCUAGCCAGCAACAGGAUAGCACACAUGAUCAUCUGUUCUCACUCUGAGAGUGUGAAUAAGCAAGACGACAGGAUGGAGGUCAACACAGGAGUAUCACAAACUGAAAUAUGGUUACAUUCACACGUAUAGUGUGCCAGGUCGGGUUUUUUCUAAAGGACACACACACACACACACACACACACACACACACA